CCUUGUCUCAAACAUUAUAUAUUUGUAUUCGUGCAUACAAAUAUAAAUCCUGUAUUUACUACCAUUUGAGAUGAGAAAUCUGGAUACUGACAAUAUUUUUUUCUAUUUGCAUCGACCGAAAGAUGUAGACGAAUUUUAAAUACGCCGACAUUUCAAAAGAUGUCUGAUGAAAACGGAAUUAGUGAUCGCAUAUGUCGUGGUUGUUUAUCGGACGCUGAAAAUGAUCUGAUGAAAAUACAAUCAUUAAAUAUUUCUUCAGAAAUGAAUUCAUUAUUAAGAUUCCUUAAUUUCGAAGAAUUUGAAAUCGAAAUGAACUUCAUUUGUGGCGAUUGCGUUUCAUUAUUAAAGAAAAUACUUGAUUUUAAAAGCCAAUGUGAACUUUCAAAAAUUACUUUACAAAAACAAGCCAACAAUUGCAGUACAUCCAAUACUCAACAAAACUUGAACAAUGAUAUCCACACAUAUCAUUCGGAAUCCGAUGAAGAUGAUUCGAAAUUGGAUACUGAAGUAAGAAAUUUUGAGAGUGUUGCUAUUAAAAAAGAAACGGAUUUAAGUUUUGAAUCAGAUGAUCAAACAUACUCAAAUUUAGUGCAGUAUACUUGCACAGUUUGUGAGAGAACGUUCCAGAAGGAGCAGUAUUUUAUACGACAUAAGUAUUUUUCGCAUGGCGAAACAAACAAUUUAUUUCCGUGUAUGGUGACAUAUUGUCCUACAAUUUGUACAUCUCAAAACGAUUUAGAUAAUCAUCGGUCCGAAAGACAUGUUACAAUUUGUAAUAUUUGCAAUAAAAAAUUUAAAACAAACUUGUAUUUACGUCGACAUAAAGCAAAGAAUCAUUUUAGUCCAAAAUAUACUUGUAAAAACUGCUCCAAAAUAUUUAAACAUAAAGAUGUAUUAGAUCGACAUAUUAGUAAGCAACAUAGUGCAUUAAUAAAAGAGGCUCGACAAAAAAUUUGUGAAACUUGCGGAAAAGAAUGUACAAAUUUAAAGCGACAUAUGCAAGCGGUACAUUUAAAUAUCAAAAAUUUUAAGUGUGAUUAUUGUGAUGCAAAAUUUUUAGACAAUUGUAAAAAGAUAUCUCAUGAGAAAAUAAUGCAUUUUAAUUAUAAACGUUUUAAAUGUGAAUAUUGUGCGAAAUCAUUUGCAUAUAAACCACAAUUAAUUAAUCAUAUACGGAUUCAUACUGGAGAAAAACCAUUUGUUUGUUCGAUUUGUUCACGGGCGUUUGCGCAAGCUAGAACUUUACAGUUACAUCGUAAAAUAAUACAUAAAAUAGUUAUCGAAAAGAAAAGAUCAACGAUAAUAGAUGAUAAGCAAUUGUGAUUAAAAAAUUAUUGUUUAGUUAAAACAGAUAAUAAAUAAAAAUGUGCACAAAUACUUCAGCUAGAAUAGUUUUUUUGUAAUUUGUAAAGAACUGAUUAAACCUCCCCCAACUACCCCCUCCUCCCAAAAAAGGGGAUUCGGUAUGCCCCUGAGAGGUCGAAUAUUUUACGAAGUAAUUACAACCUAAUAAACAA